AUGAACUUGGAAACGGAAGAGAAAGGAAGCAAACUAUCCAACUUUUUGAGGAGGAAAUCCACCUCUUCAGUCUCCUCUUCGUCGUCGACAGGAUCUCAAAUAGCAAGGCGAUUGUCCCUAGGAGCUCUUGGACUGGUUUCCGUGAGUUCUAAUGAAGAUAAGCACAAAGAAAAAGAAAGCGCCAUCAGUGAAAGAAGACCAUCCACAGUUACAGUCAAUCCGGUGUCUAAUUACCGCUUUUCAUUUGAAGUCGGUAUUUGUGAGAAUAAGAAUCGCAAAAACCGUCCCACAAUGGAGGAUGUUCAUACAUAUGUUGCUAACUUUGCUGAGCGGCUAGAUUGGGGCUAUUUUGGUGUUUUUGAUGGUCAUGCUGGUAAACAGGCUGCCAAAUGGUGCGGAGCCAACUUUCAUUCGGUUCUGGAAAAGAUUGUUAUCAACAAUGAUACGAUGGAUUUGAGGUGCAGUCUCAACAACGCAUUUCUCCAAGCGGACUCGUUGAUUCGUGACAAGAUAAGCGGCCACAGUGGUAGCACGGCAGCAGUGGCAGUGUUGAGGUGGGAAGAAGAGGUUGAUGAAGACGACGACAAGAAAUCUGCUGAUGAUGUCGAUGUUCAUCAUCCACUGUUUGAUUUUGUUCCAACAUCGAGACAUAAGAGGAUGCUUUACACUGCAAAUGUAGGCGAUUCAAGGUUAGUCUUGUGUCGGAAGGGUCAUGCGCUGCGACUUUCUUAUGAUCAUAAAACCUCCGAUAUUUUAGAGCAACAAAGAAUAACAAAGAAAGGAGGCAUUAUCAUGAAAGGAAGGGUUAAUGGUAUGCUUGCUGUAACAAGAUCAUUAGGAGACUCAUAUAUGAAAGAAUUUGUUAUUGGAAAUCCCUUUACGACAGCAACUGAAAUCACCAAAAGUGAUGAAUUUCUGAUUAUUGCAUGCGACGGUCUUUGGGAUGUUUGCUCGGACCAGCAAGCUGUCAAGCUAAUACGAAACAUCAAAGAUCCAAAAGAAGCUUCCAAAAUGCUAGUUGAUUACGCCCUUGCAGAGAACACCACUGAUAAUGUCACUGUGAUGGUAAUUAGAUUCGAUCCAAGAGUAUUUCUUAGUGAUGAUUCAGGUUCUGAAAACGACCAAUCGGAGAAGACUCAGGCAACUACUAUAGACGAUAAGUCAACCACAAAUGUACAAACUAUAGCUUGA